ACUGACCCAUUCACGGCUUCCUCCCAGUUUACUGUCAGUCAUGCAAGUCCCGGGUGGAGACUCAGGAAUACUGUCAUACACAGAUGUAGAAGGAUUCUUCAUUGCUGGGUCUGUAACAGUUUUGUUUGACUAGUCAAGCUUGUUAGCCCAGAGCUAAACCCUUGAACCUGGAGAACCAGUGGACCACUUUUAGUCCGGCCUCUACUCUUUGACCUGUUUGGCUUUGAUAAUCCUACAAAGAUGCAAGCCUCCAAGCCCUACGACAAGGUUGUGGUCCUCUUGGAAGAAAGGUAAGUGACAGAUUGAUAUUCACCUAUGCUAUUACCCACAUUCAGUCAAACAUGGAUCACAGAAUGGAACAGGAUAGAAAUUUUAAAAAUCUGAAUCUUUUUAAAGAAAUAAUUAAUAGACAUUUUGUUUAUUGUUGGCCAAUAGAAUCCUGACAAACCAAUAAAUCUAAGGUCCAAAGAGAUACGUUUGCUGUGUCUUCAGCAAGAAGGAGAGGUUGCAACCCAUGUUGACCACUGGAAGGGGUUGUCCCUCAAAUUCUGGUUGCAGCUGAUCUUUGGACAUUUCUGUGGAGAAGUGUAACGCAGGUAGGAUGCACUGCUCCUAAGCAUGGCAAGUGAAGUCAUUCACAGGUAGGGUUGCCAACUUACUCACUCUCAAAUAAGGGACAAAAGUAGCAGUCAAAUACGGGACACUUGUAUUUACCCUGAGAAAGACUACCAUGACCAUGAAGCCUUGCGCGGGCACCUGUGUAUGGGCCGAUUUUUUUCUACAAGUUGGUUUUGGCUAAAUCUUCCCGAUUCUGUGAAAGUGAAACUACACUAUACAUACAUUAUUUCUACUUUAUAUAGGCUGUGUAUUUAUCAUAUCAUUCCUGCUUUUACUAUAUGUUCGUGUUAUUUUAGGUUUAUGUGUUAUUUGGUAUGAUUUGGUAGGUUACUUUUUGGGUCUGGGAACGCUCAAAAAUGUUUCCCAUAUAAAUUAAUGGUAAUUGCUUCUUCGCUUUACGCAAUUUCAGUUUACGAACGGUUUCAUAGGAACGCUCUACCUUAGCGGGGGAAAUAUGGGACAAAGGCGGUCCUGUAUGGGACAAACCAAUUUAGCCCAAUAUACGGGACGUCCCGGCUAAUACAGGACAGUUGGCAACCCUAUUCACAGGUCCAAGCUGAUGACAGGCUGUUUAACCUGACCAUCUUCCCAGGUUAUCUUUAAGCCUGUGCACGUCCGGAGAGUUGCUGAUGGAGUCCUCCAGAACAACUGGGACAUUUCAUAACAGAUGGGCACCACAGAGUCUGGAGAUUUUCCUAAAUGCGAGAAACAUUUUCUUUUUAAUUACAUUUCGAAAUCAAGUUAAUAAAGUUGCAUUGGAAAAACUGGAAAUUUCAACCUUUUUUUUCCCCAAAAGGCUACCACAAAGGGAAUACACUGAUUAAAAUAAAUUACAAUUUUAAGUCUGUAGGUUUUUGCAAAUAAAAAUGGCAGAUGUGUUUUAUGUUAAAGAAAAUCCAUAACAACUCAUUUAUUGUACUCAAAACACUGAACACAAAGUGCAGAAACAGUACUUUACAGAUGUAAUGCCCUGGUUCAUAUUUUUUUUACUGUAAACGCUGUUCUGGGCAAGCUGCUUGUUUGGGUUACUGUUGGAGGUAAGAGAUAGGAGAAAUAUCUGCCAUCCAAUUAGGAUGGCUGGAUUAAGGGGAGGUUUCUCCGGUGGGAGGAACACUAAAGUUGGAUUUGGGGCUUUUGUUCGAGAGGAGAUGAAGAGAGAAGACGCUGGAGAGAGGAGGUUGUAGGAUUUGACCUGGAGCGGAGUUAUGAUUCGCCAAAGCCUGGGGAAAGUGUUGAAAAAAAAAAUGUGCACCGGCCAAGAACAUAUUAAUAUCUCGGAAAUGAUUCGGAAGAAGCGAGACAAGCAGUCUUUGAGUGCAGAAGAAAUACAUUACUUUGUUCAAAGUGUAACAAAGCAAACCAUCCAAGAGUGCCAAAUUGGAGCCAUGCUAAUGGCAAUUCGCUUGCAGGGGAUGACACAGGAGGAGACAGUGAACUUGACCCAAGAAAUGAAAACUUCUGGUGUUAUCCUGGAAUGGCCAAAGGAGUGGUCCAGUAUUGUGGUUGACAAACAUUCCACAGGAGGAGUUGGUGACAAGGUCAGCCUUGUUUUGGCACCAGCCCUGGCUGCCUGUGGCUGCAAGGUUCCGAUGAUUAGUGGCAGGGGACUGGAACACACCGGAGGAACAUUGGACAAACUGGAAUCUAUCCCGGGAUUCAACAUUAACAAGAGCCCAGAAGAAGUAAAGCAGAUCUUGGCUGCGGUUGGAUGUUGCAUUGUUGGGCAAACACCAGAUUUGGUUCCUGCUGAUAAGAAGAUGUAUGCUAUCAGGGACAUCACAUCGACUGUUGACAGUCUGCCACUGAUAGCAGGUUCCAUAAUAUCAAAGAAAGGAGCUGAAUCCCUGGCUGCCCUCAUGCUGGAUGUGAAAUUUGGAGAAGGAGCUCUAUAUAAGGACAUCAAUCAAGCCAGAGAGCUGGCACAAUACAUGGUAAAUGUUGGAAAUGGCUUAGGCAUUCAGACAGCUGCUGUUCUCUCCAGGAUGGACAAUCCCAUUGGCAGGUGUAUUGGGAAUUCACUGGAAGUCAUUGAGUCCAUUGAGUGCCUGAAAGGCAAGGGUCCUAAAGACUUGGAGGAGCUUGUCACUUGCUUAGGAGGCCACCUACUUCAUAUGUGUGGGAAGGCUGGAAGCUUUAAGGCCGGGGAGAAGGCUAUUAAGGACGCGUUACAGAAUGGCUGUGCUCUGGGCAAAUUCCAAUCCAUGCUGGUGGCACAAGGAGUGACUGCUGACGUAGCCAAGGCUUUGUGCCAGGGGAAGGUGGUGCUGAAACGUGCAGUCAGACAGGAAGAACUGAAGGCUGAAGCCAGGGGGCUAGUGCAGGCAAUCCACUCCUUGCCAUUAGCCAAGGUACUACAUGAACUUGGAGCGGGGCGCACCCAAUCCAAUCAGCCAGUCAACUGCGCUGUUGGAGUAGAACUCCUGAAGACAGUGGGCGACUCUGUUAAUAAAGGGGAUCCUUGGAUUCGAAUCCAUUUUGAAGAGCCUUCCCUCAGUGAAAGCCAGAAGGUUCUUCUCCAGCACUCACUGGUUAUUGGGGAAAAGGUGGAAAUUGCUCCCUUAGUUAUGGAAAUAAUCCAGGUCCAUUCACAGGGAGAAAAAAAGCACAAAUGCCCAGUUUAGUGGGACAUUCAUCGGUAAGAUACACAUUAGGGAAGCAUCAUGAGACUGGAGAAAUUUGCCCUGUGUUCUGAUACAACAAGGCAACAUUGGAAUGGUUGCAACUCGUAUGCAGAGGCUGGAAUUGAGUAUUAUGCACUUUUAUAGUGGGCAAUUAGCCUAAUGCCACAGAGUUUAAUUUCUACUGCCCUGUCUUUCUGAAUCUUAUUAAAUUCCAGCAGUGAUGAUGUUUAAAAACAGAGUGCUGGUGUGUUUAAAAUAAUUGCUCAUCAAUUCUGCACACAAACUGUCUUAAGUUACUCACAUGUUGCAGAGGUGCCAAAGGGACUCUGCUGUGGGUAAAUAAGUCAGAAAAUUGAAUGAUACAGUUUAAGAUGAUCAAAAAACAAAUCAACAAUUCAAUCCAUUUGAAAUGAAAUAUCUCUAUUCACAAACACAAAAUAAUCUGCAGAUGCUGGGGUCAAAGCAACACUCACAACAUGCUGGAGGAACUCAGCAGGUCAGGCAGCAUCCAUGGAAACGAUGAGUCAACGUUAUAAAAUACCUUUAUUGUCAUUGCAUAGUACAAUUUGUCAUGCACCAUUACAGCAAAAAAGUUUGCAACUCUUAUACUCAAUGCUAUAAAACAACAAAUAAAAUAAAUACACAAUAAAUAAAAUCAAGUAACCAGCCAGUACGAACAAUGUCCAGUGGUACAAAAGCACAACUCAGAUGCAUGACAGCCAUAAAACUAGUAUUAAAGUGGCAAUAUAACAAA